UUCCAACCAAACACUACACGAGCACGGAAGGUUGGCGUGGGAAUAUUCCCCGUCUAUGUUGUUAUCAAGGAAAGCGUAGCUAAAAUUUCGACAGACUUGAAGGUGCUUUGGAAAAAAAAAAACUAUUAGCAAAACACACCCAUAAAAAUAUAUCAUAAAAAAGCUUCCUUGAGUUUAAAAUUUAAAAGUUCCAAUGAUUUGCACUUUUUCGCAUUGAAUUCAAAUACCGUGAUUCUCCUGUAAAGUUUGGUUUUGUUUUUAAAAGGGAUGGUGAAAUAAUUAGCGGCGUUCUGAUCACCAUUCAGUCGGCAAUAAACGUGUUUUAUAGAUGUCUUAUUAAAUAUUUGUACGAUAAGAUAAUUAAUUGAGGAAUAGAAAUGUAUCAAGGGGUGAACGCCAUGCAAACAGAUGGCGUCCAACAAAAAAGGCGUUACAACCGAAACAAUGACAAAAACUCCGACUAUUUGUCUACAAUAAAAAUUUUGUGCUAGGUAUCUGAUAAAAAUGUACUCGAGCGAUUUUCGCCAAGAUAAGGUCUCUAAGGAAUCUAUCGUUUGCGGAUAUAUUUUACGGGCUGUGAAUACAAAGAAAAGAGUGAAACAAAUCAAAGAAAACGUUCAGUCAAUUUCGAACGUCUCCUCCGGCUAGACAUUAGACAAGACGCGAAAAAUACAAAAAAAAAAAAAAAAGAGAAUACAUCUUAACAUAGAACCACGAAAUAAAUUGCUAUCAAUUGACCUAUGGCAAUGAAAUUAAUGGUCUCUCGUAGUGGUAGUGAAAACUUCAAGUGAACUAAGAAAGUACCAAAAAUAGCAAAAACAACAAAAGAAUAUCACAUCUCAACCGUAAAACGUGAGCUUUAAUUAACUGAUUGCUUGUCGUACUUCGCGAUAUGAUCUAAACGAAACAUAGUUGUGAAAAGUCCGUGUUUAGUUUUCUCUAAAAACACUCUAGUCGGUCGUUUGUGCUGUGAACAUCAUGAGGGAUCCAUCGGAUAACAAGAAAUCGAAGAAAAAAUCCAAAAUGCCGCAACAGCAAAGGGAUGUGGGAUUUUUUGAACUCUUCAGCUUUGCUACGCGUUGGGAGUAUUUUUUGCUGGCGGUGGCGUUUGUAGCAGCUUUUCUCAAAUCCCUGGUAUUUCCGAUAAUCAUAGUGGUCUACAGUGAAUUGGUGGCCAUGUUUGUUGAUCGCAAUUUAUGUCUGCCCACAACGAAAACGUAUUUCUUACCCCUAUUUGGAGGCGGAAAAUAUUUAUAUAAUGGAACAUUUGAGGAGAACAUGGAGGAAUUACGAAAUGAUUCAAUGUCGUUCGGUAUUAUUUGUGCCCUCGACUCACUGCUAAUGUUCAUCAGUGGCAUUAUCUAUGUGGAUCUAUUCAAUCAUGUCGCUCUCAAUAUUGUCGUUCGCAUGAGACGAGACUUCUUUGCGGCCACCAUACGACAGGACAUCGGUUGGCACGAUAUGGCGCAAAAUCAAAAUUUUGCCGUACGCAUAACAGACAAUAUGGAGAAAAUACGAAAUGGUAUUUCAGAAACCAUAGGCCACUUUGUAAUGAUGUUUUUCGAUAUUGUCAUCAGUAUUCUAAUAUCCUUCAUAUAUGGUUGGCGUUUGACGUUGGCAAUUUGUGCAUACAUACCGCUGACCAUGGUGAUAAACUACUUGAUAUCGAAGUACCAAAGUAAAUUAACAACGGAGGAACAAAAUGUCUAUGCCAGGGCAGCUUCGGUAGUUGAAGAAAUCAUAAGUUCUAUACGCACUGUGGUAGCUUUUGGUGGUGAAAAAUCAGAGAGAGAUCGUUAUGACGACCUCUUAAAACCCGGCCUCAAAACUGGCAAAAUCAAAGGAGUAUUUUUGGGUCUGGGAGAUUCAGUUUUGAAAUCAAUGUUGUUCAUAAGCAGUGCGGGUGCCUUUUGGUAUGGAGCCCACUUGAUUCUUGACGAUCGUUUCAAGGAGCCGGAAUUUCAGGAAUAUACACCUUCCAUUCUGAUGAUUGUAAUUUGUGGCAUCAUUGUGGGUGCCGAUCACAUAGCUCGCACUUCGCCCUUCCUAGAAGCCUUUGCCAGUGCCCGAGGCUCAGCAGUAGCCAUAUAUGAAGUGCUUGAAGCAGAAUCGAAAAUUGAUCCCCUAUCAAGCGAAGGCAAAGUUGUUAACUAUGGUCUCAAAUGCAAUAUCGAAUUCCAGGAUAUAUUCUUUGCGUACCCUUCACGGCCCGACACUAUUGUGCUGAGAGGUUUCAAUCUAAAAAUAAACGAAGGCGAAACAGUGGCUCUGGUCGGCUACUCUGGAUCGGGCAAAUCAACAUGUGUGCAGCUAUUGCAAAGAUUUUACGAUCCCAUCUUCGGAAAAGUUAUGCUGAAUGAAGAGGAUAUUCGGAAAUACAAUGUCAAUUGGCUUCGAUCUCAAAUGGCUGUGGUGGGUCAGGAACCGGUACUCUUCUAUGGUACCAUCGAGGAAAAUAUAAGACAUGGUAAAAUGGAUGCAACACAAAAAGAAAUUGAAGACGCCGCAAGAGCUGGUGGAGCCCAUGACUUUAUAAUAGGUUUACCAGAGGGCUACAACACCGUAAUUAGUGAAAAGGGUGUUCAGUUAUCCGGAGGACAACGUCAAAGAAUAGCCAUAGCCCGUGCCCUCAUACAAAACCCUAAAAUUCUUCUGCUUGAUGAAGCCACCUCUGCUUUGGAUUAUCAUUCCGAAAAAUUAGUUCAGGCCGCUUUGGAUGGAGCAAGCAAAGGACGAACAACAUUAGUGGUAUCCCACCGCCUUUCAGCCAUUCGCAGUGCCGACCGCAUAAUUUUCAUAGAUAAAGGAAAAGUUGUGGAGGAAGGCAACCACGACAGUCUGAUGAAAUUAAAGGGGCGUUACUAUGACAUGGUCACAGCUCACCAAUAUGAAAAUUUGCUCGACAACGAAGAUGCCGUGGAUAACAAGGAAACGGAUGAUGUGGAAACUGAAAAAGUAGUGGCCGUCGUAAAGCCGGUACCAAACGGAGUCAAUGUUCCUCGAUUCUCAGAGGCUUCGUUGGAUAAAAAUAUGAUUCAGGCAUUUGCAGCACGUUGUUCUUUAACCGAUCCGUCAAUGAAAGAAAUGGCUACCAUAGAGAAAACCCAGUAUUUGAAAACAUUCCAUCGUGUGGUGCAGUGGGCCCGACCUGAAUGGGGCUUCUUGAGCAUAGCAGCCGUAUGCGCGCUGUUGUACGGCUGCGCCCAACCGGCAUUUGCUUUUGUUUUUGCUGAUCUCUUUGGUUCGUUGAACGAAAUCGAUGAAGCCGAUGUACUUCGCAACACAGGAAGAUCGGCUAUUAUUGCCAUUGUUGUGGGCGUUUUGGCAGGUGUCACUUGUUUCACACAGACGUAUUUCUUCAAUCUGGCUGGAUUAUGGUUUACAACAAGAUUGAGAUCUAUAACAAUUGGCAAAAUCCUUGGCCAAGAGAUGGCCUGGUUCGAUCGCAAGGAAAACAGUGUUGGUGCUCUGUCAGCACGUCUGUCCGGAGAUGCCUCUGGAGUUCAGGGUGCCAUUGGCUUUCCUCUCAGUAAUAUGCUACAAGCAUUUUCGAAUUUUGUCUGCAGUUUUUCCAUAGCAUUUUCCUAUUCAUGGGAACUUGCAUUGAUUUGUUUGACAACGGCUCCUUUUAUGGUGGCAUCUGUGAUUUUUGAAGCCAAAUACACCAACAAAAGUGCCGUUAAAGAAAAAGAAAUUCUCGAGGAAACCAGUCGGAUUGCCACAGAGACCAUUGCCCAAAUUCGCACGGUAGCAGCUCUGCGAAGAGAAAAUGAUUUGAUUAAAACCUAUGACAUUGAAGUUGAACGAUACCGCCAAGAAAUUAAAAAGAAACUUCGCUACAGGGGUGUCAUAAACUCUCUCGGAAUGUCAAUUAUGUUUUUGGGUUAUGCAAUCACGCUUACCUACGGCGGUUAUAUGUGUGCCGAUGGCAGAAUUAAAUUUGAAAAUAUUAUGAAAAUUUCAAAUUCCAUGUUGUAUGGUUUAUUCAUUCUGGCCCAGUCAUUGGCCUUUACGCCCAUGUUUAAUGCUGCUCUGGUCUCAGCAGAUCGAAUAUUCUCCAUCAUUGAUCGUGAUCCGGAAAUUAAAUCGCCAGAAGUUUCAUCCGCAAAGAAUUAUUCUCUAAUAACAGGGAAGAGUAAUGCCGUACAGGGCGUCAGUUUCCAAGAUAUACAUUUCCGUUAUCCAACGAGAAGGGAUCAGAGGGUUCUAAAUGGUCUCAACUUAGAAGUGCUACAAGGCAAAACCGUGGCGUUAGUAGGUGCCUCAGGUUGUGGCAAAUCAACCUGCGUGCAAUUGUUGUUGAGAUACUAUGAUCCCGAUUCCGGGAGCAUUUAUAUCGAUCAGGAUGAUAUUCACCAUGAUUUGACUUUAAGCGCAUUACGUAAACGAAUUGGUAUAGUGUCCCAAGAGCCAUCGCUAUUUGAAAAAACAAUAGCUGAAAAUAUAGCCUAUGGGGAUACUUCACGCACUGUUCCCAUGGAGGAAAUACUGCUCGCAGCAAAAAUGGCCAAUGCCCAUGAUUUUAUUUCAGCACUACCAUCUGGCUAUGAAACAUGCCUCGGAGCCAGAGGUACCCAACUAUCUGGAGGUCAAAAGCAACGGAUUGCAAUUGCGCGAGCUCUAGUUAGAAAUCCAAAAAUACUGCUUUUAGACGAGGCCACCUCCGCUUUGGAUUUACAAAGUGAACGCCUCGUUCAAACGGCCCUGGACGAAGCAUGCUCGGGUCGUACUUGUCUAGUGAUAGCCCAUCGCUUAGCCACAGUUCAAAAUGCCGAUGUGAUAUGUGUUAUACAGAAUGGCAGAGUUAUCGAACAAGGCAAUCAUCCCCAGUUGUUAGCCAAAAAUGGAAUUUAUGCCAAAUUGUAUCUCAGCCAACCAAGUACCCAUUAGUAAAAGUUUUUAGUAUUAUAGUGUACAGUUUUAUGGAAGAAAUGUUAAGAAUAUAAAAUAAACAAGAUUAAUUAUCAAAAUA